CAUCCCAUACACCAGCACUGAUACACCUACCGUAUUUUCAAUCAUGUUACUAUUAGUGCGUACAUUUUCCCGAUGCGUCAAUUUUGAAGAUAUUUCAUGUUUGAGAUUAAAAAAUUAUAAACGUCUGAUUAACCCUUUAGCUCUAGGAUGUUUUUCUUUCAUACCAUCAAGGACAACCAUAAUAGUAAAGAGGCCAUUUCCACCAACGCUUUAUAAAGAGGGAAACCAUGUUAGAUUGAGGAAUAGAACACACUAUUAUGAUUUUGUUGAAGACACCAAUACUAGGCCAGAUCGCUUAGUUAAUGUUGUACUUUCCUCCUACGUGGAAGGUAUUGGCAAUCCAGGUGACUUGAUUUCAAUGAAAAUCUCGGCAGCAUACAACAAACUCUUGGUCCCUGGUUUGGCAGAUUAUGCUACACCCGAAAUGAUUGAAUAUUCGAAGAAAAUUAAAGCAGAUAUGGAGCUUCAAGCUAGUCGAGUUCCAGUUUCUGUUGAAAGAUCCAUUAAAUGUUUACAAAGAGGGAAGAUUUUGGUAAUGAUGAACCAGAACAACGAAUGGACAAUUGAGCCAUGGCAUAUUCGAGCUAAUGCACGUAAAUGUGGCAUACACAUUCUAUCCGAGGACAGUAUUGAGCUGCCUCCUAAACCUAUUAAAGGGCCUGACAUGGCUCUACAAGGGAAGGAUUUUUUUAUUACUCUUAAGAUCAACAAAAAGUUCAAAGUGAAGGUCCGGUGUAUGAUUCAUCACUGGACUCCCAACGUAGAGGAGCGUCUGCCUCUUGCUCCCGAGUGGUGGCUGGCUCCUUCUGACUGGCUCUUCCCUGAAGAUAAAGAGAUUAGUAAUGAAAACUUAUCACCAUUGAUUCCAACAUAAUAUAUAUUAUCUUGUACAUAUAAAUAAUAGUUGAUAGUACAUUUAUAUUUUCUUUUUUAA